ACGACGUGUUGGUAGUCCAACUGGGUUUGGUUUGGAGACUUUUUGUGGUAUGGAAAUUUUGUAUGGUCGAGUGUUUAUCUAAUAAAAGUUGGGAAAAUCGGGAAAAUCACAUAAAUCUGGAAGAAAUGAAGGAAGACAUCUGUGACAAGAUAGAGAAGGAUGAAUUCUACCAGACUUAUCUUCGGGAAGGAGUGUCGAGUCAGCAGCUGGAAGCCAGUAAAUUCUUCUCCUACACUGAACAAAUCAACAAACUGGCCGAAGGAUUAGAAGCUCUGUCCACUGAACUUCAGAGUCAGGUUAGAGAGCAACAUGGAGCGCUCCUGUCUCAAGCCAGUCAUGCCGGAAAGUUGGAGGGAACUCUGGAAGUGGUUCAUGGGCACAUGAUGAGUCUCGUUGGGGCUGCCAAUCGGCUGAAGAAUCAUGUAAAUAAACCAUACGAGGUGCUGGAGAGCAAGACAAAGGUCUUGGGGAGGUUGCAUGAAACCACUCACAUCCUUCGACAAGCCGGAAUCUUCCUGCAACUCUACAAGAAGCUCCUAGGGACGAAAGAAUUUGAGAAGCAGGCAGUGAUCUUUCAUGAAAUUGACUCAUUGAUCCAGGAUGAUACGCUGAACAGUGUGAAAUUCCUAAAAGAUGAAAUCGCACAUGUUCAGAGCAAUCGCAGGAAGCUAAUUACUCUGGCUGACAAGGAACUGAAUACAGCUCUGAAAAAUCUCAAUGUGGACACUGUUCAGAGGAGUCUACAGAUUUUCUCAAAUCUCCAGAUCCUGAAGAAGUACAUUGAUGAUCUGCUUGAGACUUUUGUCGGAGACAUCAAGCAGUCUAUCAAGGAGUGCUGUACGGCACCUGAGACAAAGAUUUCUGGGACUCGAGAUACAGAGCCUAAAACCACUUCCAAGGCCCAAAUGAGAGCUCCUGGCAAAGCUCCAGCACUGACAACUUCCCUGCAUUUCCGUGCUAAGCUUUGGAAUGCAUUGGAAUGGCUGUUUGCCGAGGAGAUCUUCAGCUGCAGCGCCCAGAUCAGGUUCCUGCACAAGUGCGUGAGGAAUAGUGGGCUGAUGGAUGCCGAUAUGGAGAUCGAGGAGCAAUGGUGGAAGGGACUGCAGGAACUCCUCAAGACAUCCUUCCGGGACUGUCCACCUCACAUUGGCCAGUGUCUUCAGCAGGGACUCCCGAAGCUGGUGGCUGAGACGAAAAACCUCUUCACGAAGCUCCAAAUGGAUUCGCCCUUCGAGGAGGAUGUCUUUCAAUCUUUGGAAGCUGGCUUCCUGGAAAAAUGUGGGAGCAAUCUCAAGGCUACAAUUUCAGCGGUGGACAUUCCCUCUGAGGACACAAUUGAUGCCCUUAUUCGUGCUGCUUCCACAGAACUUGGCACUGCUAUUGUGGAUCAGCGUCUGUGUGACAUGGUCACGAGUGUGAUAAUGUCCUGCAACCGAGAUGUCUGGAAUAAGUUGGAGUCCAACAUAAAGCUCGGGACAGAUUCUAAACAGAUCGUUGAUAUUCCCAAUUCUGCCCAGAUUCAGAACACUACAAUUGCAAAUUUAAUAUGUUACCAUGCAGAAGCCGUAAGGCGGAUGAUUGAGAAUCUUGGGGUGAAUUUUGGAGGAUCAGCAAGUGCCAAGCGUUUGCAGGAGAAUCUUCAAGUUGGUCAGAAUCUUGUGCUGGCGAUACUUCAGCAGAUUUUUGAUUCUAUAGCUUCAGCUGUGCACGAUAUUAUGAUUUCAAUGCAUCGGGAACCUGCACUAAAUGUCAGCACUUCUUCCAGCGUAUCGCUGUACAUGAAGGAACUCCAGGAAUUCCUGUCAAGAGUCUGGGGAGCCCACAUUGGGCCCUUUGCUGAUAAGGAAACCGUGAAUAAGUGCGGUAGAGAAUUAGCUAGCCGGUGUAUUGAACUCUUCAUCCGGAAUGUUGCUAUCUUGAGGCCAUUGUCUCAGAUUGGCAGGAAUAAGAUUCGAAUCGAUUGCCAGCAUCUAGAAGUGGUUCUCGGGGGAAUUGUUGGUGAUCUUGGAACCUUGGGAAAACCUUUCAGGGCAAUCAGAGCAUUCAAUACAAUCUUGACUUUUACUCCCAAGGAACUGUCUGAGCACUCAAUGGACUCUGAUAAUCCAAUUCCUUCCUACAUUCUUCUUCUGAUGAUGUUCAGUUUUGCAGGAACCGAACUCACCAGUCCCAAUGUCACAGCAGGGUGGUCUAAUGAGAAACUAAUGCAAUGGCUCGAUGGACAUACAUCAAAUCGUGAAAGGCUGGAAUUGAUUUCCGGGGCUCUGCACAAGUACAGAAACACGGUCAGGCAAAAAAACAUCACCCAAUAUGACCCAAUCUAUCCCUUAAUUGCAUCUGGUCUGGAAAAGGCAUUGGGGAGUCUCUGAGGGCACCGGGAAUGCCCAAAUUUGUAAGAGUGAGGUUAUAUCGAAAAAUUUGUUUCCCGCGCUUUCUAUACUGUCAAUGUGUCAAUAAAGUAAGGUUAAGUGAAAAGAAUAAAAA